AUGCCGACGUACGAUAGGCUAAUUAAGCAUGGCUUGAUUAUACCGAACUGGUUCAUUUUUUGUCAAAGGGAUGCUGAAACGCCGGAUCAUAUCUUCUGGAACUGUGAUUCGGUGCGACCCAGUUGGCAUACUUUCUGCAUUUGGUUUGGUUUUCCGGAAGCUUUGAGUUCUGCUGACAUUAAUAGUUUUUUGGUUCUUGCUUGGGAUCGUAAGAUGAGCACUCAAGUCAGUAAGUACUGGAAGGCUGGUAUUAUUGCUAUGAUAUGGGCCAUUUGGAAUCAACGUAAUAAGUGCAUUUUCGAUAACUACAAGUUUUGUCAGAGACGGCUUCUUCAUUUGGUGAGAGUGGCUUUCAUGGAGAUGGAGAUGAACUUUAAGAAGCUUGGUCAUAUGGACAAUAGUUGGGAGGACUAUAUGGUUCUUCGAAAUAUUGGAAUUAAAGGCCGUGCUGCGCCGCCUCCGACCUUUAUUUCCGUGAGUUGGUGGCCUCCAACGGCACCCUGGAUGAAAGUCAACACGGACGGGUCUGCUCUGGGUGCCCCGGGGGCCUUAAGUUAUGGUGGUGUGUUUAGAGACCAUUGGGGAUGGGUUAGAGGAUGUUUUCACUAUAAACAUAGCAUGGGAUAUGCUUUCGAAGCGGAGCUGCUGGCGGUGAUUACUGCCUUCCGGAUUGCACGGGCGAGAAACUGGAACAAUCUCUGGAUUGAAUCGGAUUCCACGUAUGUUGUUGGGCUGCUUCGUAAGAGGUCUGAGGACGUUCCUUGGCGGUUUAAAGCUUCUUGGGCAGGCGUUUUGAGCUCUCCGACCGGGUUUCAACUGUACAUCACACAUAUAUAUCGAGAAGGAAAUCAGGUGGCGGAUUUAAUGGCGAAUCCUUCACGGGAGGAGGGAUGGUGGCCACAUGAGAUUGAAGAAAUUAAACAUGCUGCAAGACAAGAUAUGGCAGUUCACUCUUUUGUUCGUGUCUCUCGUUGA